AUGAAAUCCCCUCUAGCCAAGUAUUGGCUAGAGACUCGAGUAAGUCUGGCCCAGUUAUCUAAUCCAGAUGUGUACGACAUUUCAGAAUCGCAGAAUUUCCAGGUUGUGGCACAAUCAAAAAUGGCGCCAUCUUCUGUCAUCCUUGAUGAUACUCUGACUAAUGAGGUUUCCCAGGCCAUUUUCACAAUAUGUAAGAGACGGCUUGAGAAUGUCAGCGAUACAAUGGAAAUAGAUGGCAUUAUCUACAUCUCCCAGAGCACCAAGGAGAAUUAUGUCAUUCAACUUCAUAGUAAAGUGCAGCAAACAACGUCACCAAAAACGCCAGAGAAGAAACCUAAAAACAAAAAUCCGAACGAGAUUACUGGGUCUGAACUUGAACAUGAAAUAGACAUUAAUGACCCAAAGGAAGAUAUUUCAGUCGGAAAGAAAAGGAAACCAAAGCGAUCACUCGUGAAGAUACAUCAAAAACAUGAUGACAAUUUUGAACCACCACAAGUGAUAAAGCGCCAUCUUGAGGAAGAAUCUGGAAUCAGGCGUUCAAGUAGAAAGAGAUUUAAACCAGGAAAAUUCAAAAAUGUCACUGGGAAUGUAGAUGACCUUAUACUGAGAGUUGAGACUGGAGAGGAGUGGGAUGAAACCCAUAAUUCUCCACAAGAGAUGAGAGAGGAAGGUGAGACCCACAAUUCCCCACAAGAAGCAAUGGAGGAAGGUGAGACCCAUAAUCAAAAGGUUGGGGCAGGAGAAGAAGGAAAUGAGACCCACAAUCCUCAGGCUGUGAAGGGAGAUGAUACCCACAAUGAAGGUAGACAAGGUGGUAUUGAAUGGACUGAAAAAGAAGAAAUAGAGAGUGGGAAAGAAGAGAACCACAAGAAAGAACAUGAUCAGCUUAAUGAACAAAGUGUUAAAGAUAGUGUUGGAAAUGAAGAGCAGAUUAACGCUGUGGAGGAACCAGCUCAGGAAGACACUGGUAACCAAGAGGAAGAUAAUACAGAUACUGUUAAAGAUGGUGAGGCAAAUGAGCAUGACUAUGUAAAAGAUAAAGGUGAUGACCAAUCCGAAUCAGUUGAUGUAAAAAAUGCAUUUAAAGAUCCAGAUGCUUUGAAAGCUGCCAUUGAAAUAUUUAACAUGACAUCUAAACCAGAGAAAAAAUCAUGUAAACUUCCCAAUGGUAAAUUCAUGUGUGAUCACCCGACAUGUGGAAAAACAUACAUAGACUUUGGGAGCAUGUGUGUCCACAGAACCAUCCAUACUGAUCAUCGCUAUGAAUGUGAGCUUUGCCUAAAAAAGUACACCCGUAAGGAUAGCCUAAUGAAACAUGUUUGUGCGAAAGUAAAAGUGAAAAAUAUGGAACAGAAGCAUGUAUGCGCAGUAUGUGAGGAGAACUUCUUAAACUUGAAAUAUUUGGAGAUUCAUAUGAAGACCGAGCACCCGACAAAACUUCUGUUCAGGUGUAAGAUUUGCCCGAAUUCAGUUUUCCGUACCCAGUACAAGCUGAGUCAACAUGAUUUGAUUGUACACGGGGAAAAGAGUUUUAUAUGCCCAGAGUGUGGGGCUUCAUUCACCAACAAAGUGAAGCUGAGAUAUCACGAAAACUCUCAUAAGCAGAAGAAACUCAAAUCUCAAAAUGAGACAGAUCUAGAAGUUCUGAAAAAAGCAUUUCACAUUUGCAACGUCUGCUCUAAGAAAUAUGAAUCAUAUGGUGGACUUCAAAAACAUAUGAGAAUACAUACUGGGAAAUUAUUCAUGUGUGAGCUUUGCCCGAAGAGUUACAUUUCCCAAGAUUCCUUGAGCCAGCAUAUAUAUAACUCUCAUGAGAAGCCCCAAACUAAGCCGCAGCCUUUAAACAAGGCCAAUGGUCCACCCUUCAUCUGCCCAGAGCCUGACUGUGCGAUGUCAUUCCAACUGAUGUAUAAAUUUAGGCGACACUAUCGGUGGCACAGUGGUGAUCUCUGGACCUGUACAUAUUGUGAUAAAGCAUUUGAUGAGAAACACCGCAUGGAUCAGCAUAUGGAGGCUGUUCACAGUAAUGUGCUCAAGUAUAAAUGCAGCGAUUGUGCACGUGGGUUCACUACAAAGAGUGCCAGAGCAAAACAUUAUAAGCAGACCCAUGGGACAGGGGCUCUAAAACAGCAAGCCAACACGACCAAUCAUGAUAGAAUAAUGCUUGAAGGAGCUUUGGAUGGCAUUAGCAAAUCAGUGGAGCUACUAGAUAAGGACCCUGGCACUAAAAUGAUCCUCAUUGAGACAACUGAUGGUGAAUAUAUAUCAAUCCCCAUGAUUCAACCAGAUGCUGAUAAUAAUCAAAUAGAUCCUGCGGUUUAUACCCAUGGAUCGGAUAUCAUAGCGCAAAAUGCUGAAAUUGCAACUACAGCUGGGUCGGAGAUAUCUAAUACAGAUAGCCCAGGAAUUCAGAGCCAUGAAUCUGAGAAUAUUACACAUGGACUGCAAAUUUUGACUCAUGGAUCCGAAAUAGCCAGUCAAGUGUCGGGAAUGAUAUCAGAUGGGACUGAAGUCAUAGCACAUCCAGAGGAAAUCACAUGCAUUGCACAAGACACUGAAAUGAUAACUGAGAAUUCAGAAGUUGUCCCCGAAGGAUCGCAAAUAAUUAUCAAUGUUGAGGACUCGGAGCAGGUUUACGAUUCCCAGAAUGCAAUUAAUUAUAAUAAUGUGAAUUCGCAGGUUGCAGAGGAUGGGGAAUUUAAAAUGCAGACAAUGUUAAUUUUGAAAGAAAAUGAAACAGAACAUUGUGUACAAGUUGAAGUCGAUCCCCAGAAUUAUUCUUGA